UGUUAUUUCGGUGUUCGAAUGAAUUAAAUAAAUUUAUAUAAAUUAAAGGAAAUUAUGUAAGUUAUUAAGUGAAAAAUAAUUAAGUGUCAAAUAUAUAAUACAGCGGGUUAAAAUCAAGAAAAAUGAGUAAAAAACCAAUUUUAUUCGGCAAAAUUAACUUUAAUAUCAACAGAACCUCAUCGCACGACACCUGCGAUGGGUCAACGUCAGGUUUCGGCACUUUCGGUCGCACUCCGAUCCAGGAACAAAAAGAUAUCGAAGAAAUCGCUGAAGACCUGGAAAGCCAACACGUCCAUCAAGUAAUGGGAAUCAAAAAUUUUGGUAAGAAAGCCAAAAACUUCGACGUUGAAGAAAUGAUAAAACAAGCUAAGAUUGCAGCCCAAGAAGCUAAUAAAAAGAAGAUUGAAACAAUUGUUUCAAGUAAUUUAAAAGAAAAAAAUAAUACAGAUCAAAUUGCUCCAGCAGCACCGAGUCUGCAACAAGAAGAUUCAAGUGAUGAGGAUGAAUUGAUAGGACCACCAAUACCUUCGAGCUUACCAUCAAAAGUUUCUGAUAAAGAUAAAUGUGAUGAUGUAGGAAAGGAUGAUAAAACUAAAGGUGAUGAAGAUAGCUAUGAUGAGCUCAGUGGUUCAGAUGAUGAGGAGCUUACCUUGGAAAACCGAAUACCAAAUUCACACGAGGUGGAAAUGCUACACGGCACCAAAGCUGUAGUCGCUGUUGCCGUGGACCCUUCUGGUGCUCGACUCGCUACGGGUUCCGUUGAUUAUGAUGUCUCGUUCUGGGAUUUUGCUGGAAUGGACGCGUCGAUGCGUUCCUUCAGAACGCUUCAACCCUGCGAGAAUCAUCCAAUCAAAGCCCUGCAGUAUUCAGCGACCGGUGAUUCUAUUUUGGUCGUCAGCGGUGCAGCACAGGCCAAGGUGCUGGACAGGGACGGCUUCGAAGUGCUUGAAUGUGUUAAGGGGGAUCAGUAUAUCACUGACAUGGCCAAAACCAAAGGACACACAGCCACAUUAAAUAGCGGCUGCUGGCAUCCGCAAAUCCGCGAGGAGUUCAUGACAUGCUCUCAAGAUGGAACCCUGAGGCUGUGGCUCACGGAGAAUCCCAAACAGCACAAAUCAGUCAUCAAGCCACGACAGAUGGGAGGCUUGAAGACUAAUCCGACUUCAUGCGCCUUUUCGAGGGAUGGCAACACCGUCGCGUGCGGAUGUUACGACGGUUCCAUACAAAUGUGGGACCAUAGGAAAAAUUUUGUGAACACCACAUCUUUGCUACGCGACGCGCACCAGAAACAAUCAGAAAUAUCGUGCAUUUCAUUCUCGUAUCUGGGUUCGCUUUUGGUCAGUCGAGGAAAUGACGAUACAAUGAAAAUAUGGGACUUGCGUAACUUCAAGAAGCCGGUUAAAGUUUUCGGCGACCUGUUCUCGAGGUACGAGCAGACGGACUGCAGCUUCAGUCCGGACGAUACAAUGGUGUUCACCGGCGAGUCCUUGCAGAGGAACCAGGACGUGGGCAGGCUUGUGUUCUUCAACGCGAAGACGUUUGAGCUGGUGACGCACAUCGACGUCGCCAAGUCACACGUCAUUAAAGCUGUCUGGCACGCGAAGCUGAACCAGAUAUUCGUUGGAUGUGGCAAUGGCAUCGUGAAAUGUUAUUACGAUAACAAAAGAAGCCUGCGUGGAGCGAAGCUCUGCGUCGUCAAGACUCAUAGGAAGAAACAGUCCAUGGAGGUGGUCAGCUCGCAGCAAAUUAUAACUCCACACGCACUGCCUCUGUUCAGGCAGGAGAAAUUAAGAACGAGCAAAAAGAAAAUGGAGAAAGACAGAUUGGAUCCCGUCAAGUCUAGACGACCGGAUCUACCGAUAACGUCCGGUCAAGGGGGACGAGUCGCCGCCUCUGGGAGCACCCUGAGCUCCUUCGUUAUCAGAAAUCUCGGUCUGAGUAAACGAGUCGAUGAUGAACAGGAUCCGAGGGAGGCUAUAUUGAAAUACGCUAAGGACGCUGAAGAGAAUCCGUUCUGGGUGGCGCCAGCGUAUAAGAAAACUCAACCAAUGCCGAUAUUUCAGGACGGGGAUGAUGGACCAUCAGAUCCUAAAAAGCAAAAGUCAUCGGAGGGUUGAAGUUCAUUAUGACCACAUUUAUCACGAAUGGUACCUGAUAUUUUUGACAGGCCUUACUACCAAUUAGACUUAUUAAAGGAAUAACUAUAUAAGAAUAAAUGUUUUAAGUAUUUCAAUAUUAGAUACAUCUUAUAAUGUAUAAGUCUAUGGAUCUUUACAAUAAAUAGUAAGAAACAACAUACAAAUGUAUGUGACCUAUCAACCUUGCUGUUUUUGAAAAUAUCGUAAUUAUAUUACAAUUUGAUGAAUGAAAUAAUAUUAUUAUUAGUAUUAUUUUGUUAUUAGGGGUUGUUUUUAUAUACAACUAGUUUCACUCGAGUAUCAGGGAGGGGAGUGUUAGGUAAGCUAUGCCCGUUUCUAUUCUCCGAAAAGUUUGAUGUAAAAUUUCACUAUGAUCAGUCGAGUAGUUAAAAUCUAGAAAGAGUAACAAAGAAAUAAAAAACUAAUUCAUGUAUAUAAUCUAGUAUUAUUAUUGUUUAUGGAAGUAUGUUCCAAUUUUAAAUUAAUUGUUUUUUUUUCAUCGCUCACAAUUAUGUGAAAUGAAGUAAUUAAUGUAUGGUUAUACUUGUCAAAUGCCUUAAAUGAUUCAACAUAGUUUGUCUUUGAAAUUCAAACCGGUUUCUAAAACGCUGAUCAAAGAUAGUCUCUCAAUUGUUAUUGGUGGAUGGCAUCGAUGACGCAAUAGACGACCAACUGACGUCACUAGCCAGACUGGUAAAUAUAUGAAAUUUUACUAAAACCGUAAUAUUCGAUAAGAAAAUUCGAGUUCCUUUAUUAAUGUAAAAAAAAUAUAUUUGUAUAUCAAAUAUAUAUAAAUACUAGUAAAUAUAUAUAAUAAAUAUUUCUCUCUGACUUAUGAAUGAUGAUUUGUAAAUAUUUAAUGUGUUUUAAGAAUAAAAUUUAGUUAAAUA